CAUGCGCAUGCGUGAAUCCAAUACGGAAGCGAUAUCGCUAUAUAACUGCAUGUUGUUUCUACCCGUAAUCGAGGGAAGAUGAUAUUCACGUGAGCUACAAAGUAGUCAAUUUAUUUCAGAGUGGACUGAAGAAGGGUAAUAAGAAGAGAUAAAAUGCCAGCGCGAAACACUGUAACGAGUGGAGUCAGAUACUCCAAACUGGCCAGUGAUGAUGAUGGCUACAUUGACCUUCAGUUCAAGAAAAGCCCACCCAAGGUCCCAUAUAAAGCAAUCGCCCUGGCUGCUGUUCUUUUUCUCAUCGGCUCAGUUUUAAUCACCAUUGGAGCGCUGCUUUUAGCAGGAUACUUUGAAGUUCAAGAUCACCGUGAGCGCACUAUACCUGUCCUCAUCAUUGGAAUUCUGGUCUUCAUCCCAGGAUUCUACCACUUGCGGAUUGCCUACUAUGCCUAUAAGGGUUACCGUGGUUACUCUUACGAUGACAUCCCAGACUUUGAUGACUGAGUAACAUAGAGCAAUGUUUUACUGGUGUUUAUAACUGAUCUCUGAAAAAGAGGUCUCCUCCUAUAUCUGCUGGCACAGCUUCAGUCAAGAGAGGCUUGACUUUCAUAUUGCAUCUGUAAAAAAGGCUGGUAAUUUGAGCCUCAAGAAUCCCAUGUAUGGAUUUAUAUUCCAUAUUUCAGAAAUGGAAAAAAAUUAACAUUUCUAAUGCUAUGCUGUCUUUAGUGCAGAUUAAAAUUGAGGCAAGAGGACGCAAAUUGAAAUGUAUAGAUAUUGGUCUGUUAAACUUUUUUACUAUUGUAUUUGAUAUGUUACUACUGUAUAAUAGUUUUUUUUUUAUGGGGAAAAGUAUUCUGUCAUCCCUGGGUCAGACAGAACUCUGUUUAAAGUCUGUUGAAUAGCAAUAUAUCAUGACUAACCCCUCCUAUGACUGGUUUCCUGCUGAAUCCUUACUACUACAUUCCAUGGUUUAUCUUUGAUAUUUAUUAUAUGGUACUAGAGUUUUGAUCUGUUUAAAAUGCUGAUAUAUAAAUCUAUAUAAUCCAUGUGCUAUAUAAAUCUAUCAUUCUUUAUUUAUUUAAUAUACACUGCUCUUCAGUUCCUGUGAUUCCUCUUCAUUGUAAUCAGUUAAUAUCUAUAUCAAAGUAAGUUGCUUUUAAGUCUUCAAAUUAAACAAAUACCUCUGGAGGAAAAGUUGCCCACUUUGGAUUUUGCUAACAAACAAGUGCCCCCCCCC